GGCAACGUCAAAGCUAGCGCUCCCUACGUCGCCAUGGUCAUCGUCCAAUCGACUUACGCAGGCUCCACUACCCUUUGCAAGCUCGCACUGGAGCAGGGGCUCAGUGUCCUUGUCUUGACAGUGUACAGGCAUCUGAUCGCUCUGCUAGUCUUUGCUCCUCUCGCGUUUGUGCUCGAAAGGAACCAAAGGCCCUCCUCCUUGCCAUGUCCUGCUCUGGCGAAGAUUUUCACCCUCGCUUUCUUCGGGAUAACUGUGCAUCAAAAUGUGUUCUAUGUCGGUCUGGGUUAUGCUUCUCCCACCGUCGCCAGUGCCCUGAGCAGUGCCAUCCCUGCUUUCACCUUUCUCAUGGCUGUCAUGUUGAGGAUGGAAAAGGUCAGCAUCAGGAGUGCCAAAGGAAGGGCCAGGCUUGUGGGUACCAUCUUAUGCGUCGGAGGUGUCCUGGUAUUCACCUUUUGGAAGGGCCAUCUAAUGGAGGGCUUUGUCAGAAGACCCUUGCUCGGCGACGUGCAUGGCAGAGGCCCAAUAGCUAGGAAAGAAGGAGAUUGGCUUAAAGGGACCGGUCUCAUACUGACCAGCUUUGUGGCCUUCAGUGCAUGGCUCAUUCUUCAGGCAGUUGUUUCGGGAAUCUACCCAGCGAGACUGUCGAUGAACACCUUGAUGUGCUUCUUUGCCUUGGUGCAGUCCUCUACAAUUGCUCUCGUCUUCGAAAGGGAUGCUUCGUCGUGGAGGUUGGACUGGAACAUACAGCUUCUAGCAAUUAUCUACUGCGGGAUUGUGAUAUCUUGCCUCACGUACUACUUGCAAACAUACUGCGUUAGCGAGAAGGGUCCGGUGUUCGCAGCAACAUUCUCACCGUUGCUAUUGGUGAUAGUGGGGCUAGUCUCGGCCUUCGUCUUCGCCGAACGGCUCCAUAUUGGCAGUUUGAUCGGAGCCAUCAUAAUCAUUGUGGGACUCUACUGUGUUUUGUGGGGGAAGAGCAGUGAUUCCGGUGACAAAAAUUGACAAGGAUAGUGGAGCUGAACAGAGUUGCAGGGAUGGGUGUAGCUCGUAGUAAAUGCAACUGGAUCACAAAAGCUCCAUGUGCUAUACGUGUUAAAAAUAAUAUUGAAACAAUUAGUUAUAAAAGCGAGGAGGACCAGCAUGACAAUAAAGGAAAGAAGCUGAAACAUCAAAACUUCAACAGAAGAAAAUCAAAUCAAAUCAAAUUUUCUUAUUCCCAUUAAUUCUAACUUCCGGUGCUCUCUCAUUACAUGCACACACUGUUUUUGGAACAGUUUGAUUGAUUAAGGAA